ACAAGUAACAGAUACAAACAACAACAUAUAAACAUUAUGGCACCUACAUUGUUGACUCAAGAGGAGAGAACUACUUUGCUCCCAACCAUCUCUGGUUGGACAAUGGACCCAUCAGGAAGAGACGCCAUCAAGAGAACCUUUACCUUCAAGGACUUUGCUGAGGCUUUCUCUUUCAUGACUCGCACUGCUAUCGUUGCUGAGAAGAUGGAUCAUCACCCAGAGUGGUUCAACGUCUACAACAGAGUUGAGGUUACUUUGGCCACUCAUGACUGCAGUGGACUGUCAAAGAAUGAUAUCACUUUGGCCAAGGCUAUGGACAGCUUCUACUGC